GCCACCGCCCGCCUCGGCACAACAUGGCGAUGCACAACAAGGCGGCGCCGCCGCAGAUCCCGGACACCCGGCGGGAGCUGGCGGAGCUCGUGAAGCGGAAGCAGGAGCUGGCGGAAACACUGGCAAACUUGGAGAGACAGAUCUAUGCUUUUGAAGGAAGCUACCUGGAAGACACUCAGAUGUAUGGCAACAUUAUUCGUGGCUGGGAUCGGUAUCUGACCAACCAAAAAAACUCCAAUAGCAAAAACGAUAGAAGGAACCGGAAGUUUAAGGAAGCAGAGCGGCUCUUCAGUAAAUCCUCAGUUACUUCAGCAGCUGCAGUAAGUGCAUUGGCAGGAGUUCAGGACCAGCUCAUUGAAAAGAGGGAGCCAGGAAGUGGGACGGAAAGUGAUACUUCUCCAGACUUCCACAAUCAGGAAAAUGAGCCCAGCCAGGAGGAUCCUGAGGAUCUGGAUGGAUCUGUGCAGGGAGUGAAACCUCAGAAGGCUGCUUCUUCUACUUCCUCAGGGAGUCAUCAUAGCAGCCAUAAAAAACGAAAGAAUAAAAACCGGCACAGGAUUGAUCUGAAGUUAAACAAAAAACCACGAGCUGAUUAUUAGAAGACUCAUUAGUGCAGAAGCGUCCAGGCUAUAGAGCCCUGCUUCCCUCCUCCGACCUCACAAAGAUAAACACCCCUCACCUGGCUGCGUGGCCAUCCAUCUCUGCUUUCCCAGACCCGGUGCCUGUGACUCUGAGUAGUUUGUUCUGAAAUGUGGUGACAAACAAGUCAUUUCUGUAAGACUAUAUCGGAGCAUUUACUUUGUGUCAUUUUCAGUAACAAUUGCAGGAAGACCCAAGACAUUGUUUUAAUCCCAGCAAGUUGCUAACUGUGCAUUUCUCCCUUCUUGGAACCAAUGUCUCCCCCGUCAAACUGGCUGGCACCAGCUUCAUCUGUGAUGCGCAUCGAUAAAUGUUCUCUAGGUUUGUUUUAUGCUGAACGUAGAACAAGUCACAUUUCAGAGGGAGGCUGUAAAUAUCUGGCGUUUUCUUAUUUUGUUUGUGUUUUAUCAUUUUUCUAUGAUUGUUUUUACCGUCUUAUUUUCUUUUGAGGCUUUUUGUAAUGCCAUUGUACAGCUCAUACCUUCCUGCUGACAUAUCUGAUAAUCUGUUUCGUGCAGUUGCCAAUAUUCUUAACUGAAAAUAAUUUGGUUUACCAUAAAUAAAAUGGGGACUUGGCUUUCUGUUUUUUUUUGCAGACGGAAGGUAAGGAGUGUUUGUUUAAUAAUUACCUAUCUUAAAUCUUUUUGAGUUGGAAGCAGUUUCAUGUUCAAGGAACAGGAAAAGCUGAAAAACAUAAGUUUAAAUCAAUCCUUUUUAAAUAGGUAUUUUUAUUCUUUUGUUAUAAAUAAAAUUUCACAGGCUUUGACUUCUCAUCCUUCACUUUUAAACUUGAGAUUGUUUUUUCACUUACUUAUUCGUAUCAUGCCUUACAGAAAUUUCUUUUUCCAUCUUUGAUGGUAUUUGCCUGAUUAAAUAUUGCUCUAAAAAUCACUAAGGCAAAUGGAAAGGCUCUAAAUUGUACCCAAAGCUGAUAACGCCUAGAGUCCUUGAGCAAAGUGAAUGACAGGAUCACCGAGAGGCCACGAUGCCCAGCAAAUGCCCCUUCCUUUCAGGGUGGAUGGGCUGAGGAACCCGUUGACGGUUGUUACCUGCCUCUGGAGCAGCGGCCAUCCACCUUGGCUGCACAUUGGAAUCACCUGGGAUGCUUACAAAAAUACCAGUGCCUGGGUCCCACUCCCCAAGACUCUGACUCGGGUAUAGCCUCGUAUUGGGGAUAUUCUUUCGAAGAGUCCCUGGCAUUCUGAUAAGAAACCAAGUUGAGAACCACUGCAUUAGGAGACUGGAUUGUUCGAUUUAAAUCCUGUGUCAUGAAUCAGUCUAAGGGAUAAGCUGUGGGGCCUCACCUUUCCUUUGACUCUAUUUAGUCAUAGUCCUUUACUAUGUCCAUAUCUUUGUUAGAAAAAAUAUGUUCCAUUUGUGGCAAUAUUGGUAGAGCUGAAAUAUGGAUGGCGUCUAUUAUCUAAACACGUCUACCUUGUCAGAUGUGCAAAAGCUUCCUCUUGUUCUCAAAU